CACGUUCCGUUCUCCUCAAACUCUCUCUGUUUCAUUCCCACGGGAUUCAUAAAAAUCCACGCAAUUAAUCAUUUUCUCCAACACCUCCAAAUCCCACGGUUCGUGAUUUCUAAUUCGCAGAAAGUGAAAUUCCACAAGCCCCACCUGCUCUUCUUCUUCUUCUGUGUUCAUUUAUGGGGCUUGGGCUGUUCUAAAAGUCUCAGAAAACCAUGACCAAGUCCAAGAAUUUCUUCAACAAUCUUGUGAAAACUUGUGGGUUCGGCUCCAGCAGAGACGGACGGAACGAAGAGGACUUGGAGAAGAUUGCUCAGCAGGAACAGAAGGUUUUUCCUUUCGAAAUUUUGGUUGCUGCCACGAGGAAUUUCCACCCCACUCAUAAGCUCGGACAAGGUGGUUUCGGACCCGUUUAUAAGGGGAGGUUGGAGGAUGGGAGAGAAAUUGCAGUGAAGAAGUUGUCACAUAGUUCAAAUCAAGGAAAGAGAGAGUUCUUGAAUGAGGCCAAGUUGCUAGCUCGUGUGCAGCACCGUAAUGUUGUGAAUUUGUUGGGCUAUUGUGCACACGGGGUAGAGAAACUACUUGUUUAUGAGUAUGUCUCAAAUGAGAGCCUCGACAAGCUUCUCUUCAAAUCGAAUGGAAGGAAGGAGCUUGACUGGAAGCGGAGGUUUGAUAUAAUAUGUGGCAUUGCAAGGGGCUUGCUUUACCUUCAUGAAGAUUCGCAUAAUUGUAUUAUACAUCGCGACAUCAAGGCCAGCAAUAUUCUACUUGAUGAUAAAUGGAUCCCCAAGAUUGCUGAUUUUGGCAUGGCCCGCCUCUUUCCCGAAGACGAAACGCACGUCAAUACCCGCGUUGCUGGUACCAAUGGUUAUAUGGCUCCUGAGUAUGUUAUGCAUGGGCAUUUAUCAGCAAAGGCAGACGUGUUUAGCUUCGGAGUUGUGGUUUUGGAGCUGAUUAGUGGCCAAAGAAAUUCAUCGUUCAACGGAAAUGUCGAUGCACAGAAUCUGCUUGAUUGGGCGUACAAGCUUUACAAGAAGGAGAGAAGCAUGGAGUUUAUGGACCCGACAUUAGCAUCAUCAGCAGUCCCCGAGCAAGUAACGAUGUGCAUUCAGAUGGGGUUGCUCUGCAUACAAGGUGAUCCCACAAUCCGCCCCACAAUGCAUCGUGUGGUUGUGAUCCUAUCCAAGAGACCAAGCCAAUUGGAAGAGCCAAUGAGACCGGGAGUACCUGGAUCAAGAUAUAGAAGAUCUCACCGGCCAGCAGGGAUUUCAUCCACUGCCGGAACUUCUGGUGAAUCAAAUUCCCGUUAUUCAGAUUCGAGCUUUUCUGCAACCGGGACCAGUUCAGCAGCCGGAACCUCAACAGCCCCAGAACGAGAUACCCGUGGGAAACGUCCGGCGGAAAGGUAGGUGUAUAUAUAUUCUUUAUAAGAGGUUUUGAUUGCUUUCUUUUUUGUAUGAUAGAAAUGUAAAAUUUUUUCGAAUAACAUGUAAAAAGUUGAAAGAGGGAAAUGAAUUAGGUAAGUGAUGCUACAGACCGUCGCAAUUUUGAUUGAACUCCAAUUCUUUCAAACGAAUAACUAUUCAAAAGAA